UCUGUCUGGGAGUCCCUGGACAAGUCGGAUGGGCCUCUGCGCUGGCAAGAACUGGAGAGGGGGUGAGGGUGGAGGACAGCCUCCCUCUCAGGUCCUGUCUCUCGUGGCCUUCUCAUAGGUGGCUUCCCUGGGACUCUCUGGAGACCCGAUGCCUGCCCGGAGCUGACCACGGGAACCGGGACUGGAGACAAAGGCUUUGCCUCUCGCCAUCCUGCCCGCCCGCGGGGUCUCCCAAUCCACCACAUGGCUGUGGAUGGGAAAGCGCCAGUCCACGACCAUGGGCCUCCCGCGGUCUCCUGGGUCCCCGAAGAGGGCGAGAAGGUGGACCGGGAAGGCGCGGACCAGGUAAAGGAUCGGGGCCAAUGGACCAACAAGAUGGAGUUUGUGCUGUCAGUGGCCGGGGAGAUCAUCGGGCUGGGCAAUGUCUGGAGGUUUCCCUAUCUCUGCUACAAAAACGGAGGUGGAGCCUUCUUCAUUCCCUACUUUAUCUUCUUCUUCGCCUGUGGCAUCCCGGUGUUCUUCCUGGAGGUGGCACUGGGCCAGUACACGAGCCAAGGGAGCGUCACGGCCUGGAGGAAGAUCUGCCCCCUCUUCCAGGGCAUCGGUCUGGCGUCUGUGGUCAUCGAGUCCUACCUGAACAUCUACUACAUCAUCAUCCUCGCCUGGGCCCUCUUCUACCUGUUCAGCUCCUUCACCUCUGAGCUGCCCUGGACGACCUGCACCAAUUCCUGGAACACAAACCAUUGCAUGGACUUUCUGAACCAAUCGGGAACCGGCAGAGUGAGCCCGUCUGAGAACUUCACCUCGCCCGUCAUGGAAUUCUGGGAGAGACGGGUUCUGGGCAUCACCUCGGGGAUCCAUGACCUGGGUGCCCUGCGCUGGGAGCUGGCCCUGUGUCUUCUGCUGGCCUGGGUCAUCUGUUAUUUCUGCAUCUGGAAAGGGGUCAAGUCCACCGGCAAGGUUGUCUACUUCACAGCCACGUUCCCCUACCUGAUGUUGAUCAUCCUGCUGAUCCGCGGUGUCACCCUGCCCGGAGCCUACGAGGGCAUCAUCUAUUACCUGAAGCCAGAUCUGUUUCGCCUCAGGGACCCCCAGGUGUGGAUGGACGCGGGCACCCAGAUCUUCUUCUCCUUCGCCAUCUGCCAGGGGUGCCUGACGGCCCUGGGCAGCUACAACAAAUACCACAACAACUGCUACCGGGACUGCAUCGCCCUCUGCUUCCUGAACAGCGCCACCAGCUUGGUGGCCGGUUUCGUGGUCUUCUCCAUCCUGGGCUUCAUGUCCCGCGAGCAGGGGGUGCCCAUCUCGGAAGUGGCCGAGUCAGGUCCCGGCCUGGCCUUUAUCGCCUUCCCCAAGGCGGUGACCAUGAUGCCCUUGUCGCAGCUGUGGUCCUGCCUCUUCUUCGUCAUGCUCAUUUUCCUGGGCCUGGACAGCCAGUUCGUCUGCGUGGAGUGCCUGGUCACGGCCUCUGUGGACAUGUUCCCCAGGCAGCUCCGGAAGAGCGGGCGGCGGGAGCUUCUCAUCCUCGCCAUCGCGGUCACGUGCUACCUGAUAGGGCUCCUUCUGGUCACCGAGGGUGGAAUGUACAUCUUCCAGCUGUUCGAUUACUACGCGUCCAGUGGCAUCUGCCUGCUGUUCCUGUCGGUGUUUGAAGUGGUCUGCAUCAGCUGGGUGUACGGGGCAGACCGUUUCUAUGACAACAUCGAGGACAUGAUUGGCUACCGGCCGUGGCCCCUGGUGAAGAUCUCCUGGCUCUUCCUGACCCCGGGACUUUGCCUGGCCACCUUCCUCUUCUCCUUGAGCAAGUACACCCCUCUCAAGUACAACAACGUCUACGUGUACCCGCCCUGGGGAUACUACAUCGGCUGGUUCCUGGCCCUCUCCUCCAUGGUCUGCGUCCCGCUGUCGACCAUUAUCACCCUUCUGAAGUCCCAGGGUUCUUUCAAGAAGCGCCUGCGACGGCUCAUCACCCCCGACGCCAGCCUGCCCCAGCCCAAGCCACGCCUCUACCUGGACGGUGACGCCAGCGGGGACGGCGGGCCCCCCUCAGUCAAGGACGGCCUGAUCGCCGGGGAGAAGGAGACCCACUUGUAGGAUUUGGCCAG